AUGUGGUUGCAGGACGCCCUUGUUUCACUCAGCUUCUUCCUGGCCGUGGCCGCUUCAGUUACAAGUGCAGAAGACCCCACCUUCAACGACGACGUUUUGGGGCUCAUAGUUUUCAAGGCUGGCCUGGACGACCCCUUCUCCAAGCUCGCCUCUUGGAACUCGGAAGACUACGAUCCCUGCAGCUGGGUCGGGUGCGUCUGCGACCCUGCCACCAAUCAGGUCACGGAGCUCCGCCUUGACGGGUUUUCUCUCUCAGGGCACAUCGGACGUGGCCUCCUCCGUCUCCAGUCCCUCCACACCUUAGUCCUCUCCAACAACAACCUCACCGGAGCCCUAAACUCGGAGCUCACUCACCGUGGGACCCUCCAGCUCCUCGAUUUCAGCGGCAAUAACCUGUCGGGUCGGAUCCCAGACGGGUUCUUCGAGCAAUGCGGGUCGUUGAGGUCAGUGUCACUGGGUAGAAACAGGCUGACGGGUCCUCUGCCGGUGUCCCUGAGCUACUGCUCUACCCUCACCCAUCUUAAUCUCUCCAGCAAUCAACUUUCUGGGAGGUUGCCCCGAGAGCUCUCGUUCCUCAAGAGCUUAAAGUCCCUCGAUUUAUCUCACAAUUUCCUCCAGGGCGACCUCCCCUCCGACCUCGGCGCUCUCUAUGAUCUCCGCCACCUCGACUUGUCCACGAACUGGUUCUCUGGUCACCUUCCUUCCGACAUUGGAGCUUGUUCUUCCUUGAGAUGGCUUGAUCUUAGUCAUAAUUACUUUUCCGGGAACCUUCCGGUUUCAAUGAAAAGCCUCGCGUCUUGCAGCUUGGUCCGACUGCGUGGAAACUCUCUCGUCGGAGAAAUCCCUGAUUGGAUCGGUGAAAUGGGCAGCGUGGAGACUCUGGAUCUCUCUGCCAACAACUUCUCCGGGAAUGCGCCCUUUUCUCUGGGAAACCUCCUCUCUCUCAAGGAACUCAACCUUUCCUCAAACUUUCUCGCUGGGGAGAUCCCACACAGUAUCAUCUCCAACUGCUCCGACUUACUCUCCUUUGACGCCAGCAAGAAUUCAUUCACCGGCUGGAUGCUCUUCUCCGGGAACCUCUCCAGCCUUGGCUUUCUUCAAGGUCUUCGCCUUCUAGAUCUUUCCUCCAAUGCUUUUUCCGGUGAGAUACCUUCUAACAUUUUGAUCCUUACAAGUUUGGUGCACCUUAAUCUCUCCACCAACUCUCUCUUCGGUUCCAUACCCACCUCCAUUGGAGGACUCAAACUCGUUGAGAUUCUUGAUCUGAGUAGUAACCUUCUCAAUGGAACACUUCCUUCUGAGAUCGGUGGAGCCAUCUCCCUUAAACAACUCAACCUUCAGAGAAACCACCUCACCGGCCACAUCCCGCCUCUCAUCUCAAACUGCUCUGCUUUGAACACAAUAGAUCUGUCGGAGAAUAAGCUAUCCGGUGGGAUUCCGGGGAGCAUUGGCAGUCUCAGCAACCUACAGUACAUAGACUUGUCGAGGAACAAUCUCUCUGGAAGUUUACCCAAACAAGUAGAGAAACUUACCCACCUGGUCACCUUCAACAUCUCUCACAACCGCAUCACUGGUGAGCUCCCAGCUGGAGGUUUCUUCAACACCAUCCCUCUCUCUGCCGUCACCGGAAACCCAUCCCUAUGCGGCUCCGUCGUUAACCGCUCAUGUCUCUCUGUCCACCCUAAACCCAUCGUCCUCAAUCCCAACUCCUCCAAUCCAGCCAGUGGUCCACCUCUCAGCGGUCAGAUCCGGAAGAGCGUUCUUAGCAUAUCCGCGCUCAUUGCCAUUGGUGCUGCUGCCUUCAUUGCCAUUGGGGUUGUGGCCGUUACUCUGCUCAAUGUGCACGCCCGAUCUAGCAUGUCCCGCCACGAUGCAGGAGCUGCUCUCGCCAUGUCAGUUGGCGAAACCUUCAGCUGCUCCCCGAGUAAAGAUCAAGAAUUCGGGAAGCUGGUGAUGUUCUCAGGGGAAGCGGAUGUGUUUGACACAAGAGGCGCAAAUGCAUUGCUCAACAAGGACUGCGAGCUGGGCCGUGGUGGGUUCGGAGUGGUCUACAAGACGAGUCUCCAGGAUGGGCGUCCUGUGGCAGUCAAGAAACUGACAGUCUCGGGUCUGAUAAAGUCGCAGGAGGAGUUCGAGAGAGAGAUGAGAAAACUCGGCAAGCUGAGGCACAGGAAUGUGGUUGAGAUCAAAGGCUACUACUGGACGCAGUCGCUGCAGCUUCUGAUCCAUGAGUUUGUCUCUGGGGGAAGCUUAUACAGACAUCUCCACGGGGACGAGUGCGUUUGCCUCACUUGGCGUCAACGCUUCAGCAUCAUUCUGGGGAUAGCGAGAGGUCUGGCUUAUCUGCACGGGAGCAACAUCACUCACUACAACCUGAAAGCAACGAACGUGCUCAUAGACGCAGCCACUGGGGAGGCUAAAGUCUCUGACUUUGGGCUGGCCAGGCUUUUGGCCUCCGCGCUGGACAGGUGUGUCUUGAGCGGAAAGGUACAGAGCGCCUUGGGGUACACGGCCCCGGAGUUUGCAUGCCGGACGGUAAAGAUAACAGAGAAGUGCGAUGUGUACGGGUUUGGGAUCUUGGUGCUGGAGGUGGUGACGGGGAAGAGGCCGGUGGAGUAUGCGGAGGACGACGUGAUGGUGCUGUGUGAGACGGUGAGAGAGGGGUUAGAGGAAGGGAGAGUGGAGGAAUGCGUUGACGCUAGGCUGAGAGGAGAUUUUCCGGCAGAGGAGGCAAUACCAGUGAUAAAACUAGGGUUGGUAUGUGGGUCCCAAGUGCCCUCGAAUAGGCCUGAGAUGGAGGAAGUGGUGAAGAUAUUAGAGCUCAUACAGUGUCCCUCUCAAGAGUUUGAGUGACGACGACAAGAUGGAACAAGUUCUUUAUUUCUUCUUCAGUUAUCAUCAUAUAUAAAAAAAAGUUCCAUCUUCAUCUUUUAUAAAAAGAAAGGUUUUGUUUUCUUAUGAGCUUAUCAUGCCAGCUGAGCUCAGUUCGAGGAGUCUCUCACACUCAUUGUAACCAAAAUGUUGAAGGUUGUUAUUGUUUCAUAAAGUAGAUCAAAAUGUUCGAGGUUUCUCUGUUUGUUAUGCCCUAUCUAUAUCAUUCCCACAUUUUAUUUGAA